AUGAAGUACAUUACUUCGCUUGCGUCGCUUGUCGCCCUCGGCGAGUGCCUUUCCUUGCCUCCGCUCAUCCCCACCAUUCCUGGCGUGACUGAGGCUCUGACUACCAACGCGCCCCCUCUGCCUAUCCUGCAGGUCCCAACUCCCCCUUUGGAGAGUCCUCCUUUCACCCCAAGCGACAUCAAGCCUAAGAGGAUUGGAUAUUUCUGGACCGGCUCUGCUGAUAAGUUCCACAAGGAUUUCCUUGCAACCUACAGUCUUGAUGAUGAUACCUUUGGUACACUCUUGUGGGUGACAGAUGUUCCCUCCAGUGGAAAUGACCCCCACCAUCUCGGACCGUCCCUUGACGGUAAGACCAUUUGGGGUGGUGGUCUGCUAUCUCUCUUGAAGACUCAGGACACGGGUUUCUACUUCGACACCUCUGACCCCUACCGCCCCAAGUUCCUCAAGAGUAAUCGCGGUAUUCUCGGCUCCAUUGCAGAUGAGGUCCGUGCUAAGCCCGAUGGUGGAUUCUUCAUUACCUACAUGGGUUCUGCCGUGGGUACCUCGCCCGGCCGUCUCAUUGAGACCGAUGCCAACUUUGACAUCAUUCACGAGUGGCCCGAGGAUGUGGAGGGCACCCUCAACAUUCUGGGUCAACAGUUUUCUCCCCACGGAUUGAGCAUCGACUGGGAGAAGAAGCUCAUCCUUACUUCCGACUUCGUCGAGCCUAUCAGUAUCCUGAAGCCCAGUCUUGGAGUUCGCCAUGCUGACACUCUUCGUCUUUGGGAUCUGGACUCGAGGAAGAUUCUCAGCACCCUGACUAUCCCCAACGGUGGUGGUAUUCAAGACGUCAAAUUCAUUCCCGGACACCCCGAAUCUGCGGCUAUUGCCACUGCCGUGCACCUGGGCCAGCUCUGGGUUAUCUACCCCCUGCGUAAAGAUGCGAAUGGCAACCAAGGUGUGAUUGAGGAGCUUUAUGAUCUUGGUCCUAAGGCCCGUGAUACCAUCGCUAUCUACUCCGACAUCAGCCAAGACGGUAAAUACUUCUAUGCCACCUUGACUACUGCCAACCACAUUGCCGCUCUGGACAUUAGCGACCUGGACAACAUCAAGCGUCUCGAUGACCCUGAUGAGGACCAGCCUACUGUUGGACCCCACUACGUCAAGAUCACUCCCGACCAAAAGCACUUGGUUGUUACCGAUUACUUUGUCCAGACCGGUGACAUCGGAAUCAUCAACACCCCAGCUGACUUCAAGGCUCUUUACAUUGACCUCCAAGAGGAUGGAAGCCUGUCUUUCAACCGAACCAUUGACUUUAACAAGGAGUUCGCCAACCGCGGUGGAGCCAAGCCUCACUCCAGUGUUGUCUUUGAUCUCACUGACCCCGAGAACCCUCUGUACUACUAG